UGAGCUGACAUGGGAAGAGGGGGAAAAGGUGCUGUCGAAGCAUCUGGUUGCCAGAUUGGUUAAUGAAAAUAGUAAUUCAUUAAUCUUGAUGAUAGGUCCUGAGUCAUUUUGUUCCGCUUUCAAAGGCCAAGUAAGGGACAGAGUGGAGAGGGAUCACUCUCGGACCUAGCAACAGAAUCGAAUUAAUCAAGAUCAACAGCGUCCCCAUUGAGUUUAUCCAACCGGAAAUCCUGCGCUACAAGGCAUUUGAACCCAUUGUCCUCCUCAGUCGCCAUCGGUUUUUCGGAGUGGAUAUGAGGAUCCGUGUCAAGGGUGGUGGUCAGACCUCCCAAAUAUACACUAUCGGUCGGUCCAUCGUGAAUCCCUCGUCGCUUUCUACCAGAAGUAGUUGGAUGAGCAGUCCUAGAAGGAGAUGAAGGACAUUCUCGUGAUUGUGUGAUGUCUUAUUCAAUAGUUAGAUGAAUGGUGCUUAUUUAAAAGUACGGGUGAUGACACGUGGGAGCAUAUAGAGAAAUUUGGGGAGGCAUUGAAAGACUGAGCAUUAGUUGGAGGCACGUGCUGAUGAUGUCGCUUGUCGGAGCAGAGAUAGUGGGCACAUUGGAGGCUACGAUGAUGCUCCAUCUUAAAAAUGCCACCAGUUGGGAUGCACCAGUUUCUAUUUCCAAAACCCUCCCAAAUUCUCGAAUAUCAACUGGCUACCAAGGAAGCAGGAUUUGAGCUUCCUCCACUUGGUGAAUAUGCAGUGGGCAUGUUUUCUUGCCCAUUUCUAAAAGUUGGCUGGAACAAAGCAAAAUCAUAUUCACAAAGUCGUGGAAUUGCUUGGGCACACUAUCUCGACUGGCAACUUGUCCCCACUGAUAACUCGGAGUUGGGCAAGUAUGCUUUGCAGACAGAGCCAAUAAUUGAGCAAGUGCUUCUUACACCUACUCCCAAGUCAGAGGUACAUUUUGAGCAAUAGAUAGAUACCAAGAGCUGACCGUGGUAAUUAAUCCUUUUAAAAAGUUGACUAUUAGCUUUUGUACAUUCAAAAUUCGUGACUUGCUUUUCUUUUUUCCCUGCAUCCUUUUGGAUGUACAUAUUAAGGAAGGUUUCUAUGGUGGCUAUCCGAGCUGCAUUCAACCUGCAACAUGGUAGUGUGAGAGAUUUCUAUAUAUGUUCUCUUGGAGAGAUUUGUUCCUUUCAAAUGUGAGAUAUUUUUCUUUGUUGGGACUUUUCUAAUUUAAUUUUUUGAUAUCAUUCUGUUCUGUGCUGGACUAUUGUCUAUGAAGGUUAGUUGAAGCCUAAUGAGUUGAAGGAAUACUACUACACUGAUCUUGGAAAUGAAAGGUUUACGAGCUACAUGGUCCUGUUAAAUAUAUUUUCUCCAUUCUCCGUUUUAUUUCUUUGCUCACCACAUUCAAUGAACAACAUUGGAUUGACGAAUUAACUGAAGCACUGCUAGGUUGAGGAGUGCCUUUUGAGGCAUUGAAGUGUGAAUGAUCUUUUAAGUGCUUCAACACCCUUGAUGUUAUUUGACUUUGCUUGCCUGAUUGGACUCUUAGGGUGAUUUGGUAAGGAAAUUCAUUAUGAAGUAAAUAAUGCAUGCAGGAACUUGGUGCCUCACUCUAUGAUCUGUCUGCAAGGAUAAAAAAAAAUCGUCUUAAUGGUGGAAAUGAAAUUGUGCUUGGUCAAGGUAGUCUAAGGUUCUCAAUACGGUUGUAAUGGCACUGCCGCAUUAGUUUUAGAAGUGUCUUUAACACAAUUGUCAUUGAGUAUAUAUUUUAAAUCUUCUUUACAUGGGUGGAAUUGGGACUGAGUUAUCUCUCUCGUCGAAUUUUUCUUAAGAUACACUCUUGGUUUUCAACAAACACAUUUCCCAGCUGGGAUUGUGCUUCAUGUUUUAUCAGUAGCACCACCAUUAAGCUUUGCCCAUUUAUAAGUAUCUAUCUGGUGUCGAAAUCUGAUUUGAUGGUCGACACAAUUAUCGUACAUCUACAAUUUACAUUACUUUUAAUCUUAUUGCAGAUACUCUCCAACAAAUACUGCCACAUAUAUGAACUACAGUUAUGCAUUUCUAUUUUAAUUCUUAAUCGCAUGUUUUGCGCAUUAUAUGUUUUUGUUGUGUGCACGUGGAUAAAAUGUGUACGAGUAUAUCAAGUAUCAGUCAAAAUAAAUCAAAUUUCUAUAUACUUUACUACAUGAUUUGUGGAUAUAUUAUUUUUUUUGGACCUAUGAGUAAAAUGUGCUCGUAUGCAAAUCUUUAAUUGUGUAGUCGAUUUUAAUAAAGGAAUUGAUGUAGACACUGUUGUUUUAAGGCUGCUAGAGCCUUUCGUUUGGAAAACCAAGAUGCCAUUCAUGUUUUCUUUACAUGGGGUUGUUGGCUGAUCCUAAGAGGGUAUUCAGAUUUUAAUUACAAGUUUUGUUGGUGAGGUGUGCACCUCAAGGCAUAAGCUUUAGACAGCUUUCAAGAUCAAUGAUUGAUGUUGAAUAUUGUCUUCUUGCUUAUUGAGCAAAUUUUUUGUGAAACAAGUGGUGGGAGGAAUAGACUGUGUCCAGGAUUCAAUUCCAGCAUCUCCAGCUGGGAAGUCUAAGAGAGCAGCAUUGAAAGGAGACAUACUUGUAACGAUUCUUGAAGGAUGCAGCCUUGAAGUUUCAUUUGGUAAUUUCUUAUACUAUAUGGGAUUGGCUAAAUGAUGGAUCAUAUUAUACAUGUAAUUGGUUUUAUUAUUUUUAUGCAAAGUUGUUAAGGGAGCCAUGCGCUUGUUGUCAUUUUAUACAUUGGACAAAUUAUCAUGUCCGUGCCAUUUGAUUAGUUGCUACUUUAUCUUUCUUUAAUUUAUAAAUA